AUGGCCAACCCACGGUGUGCCACUUGCGGGACAGUCGUUGUCCGUCCGGAUCCAGAACAGCCUCACCUCAACGCCAGAUGGUACAAGAACCAGCUAUUAGCUGACAUUACCAUCAAAUACGGCGACCAUGGUGAGAAGGAGUUCGUCGGCCAUCGUCUCGUCCUUUGUUCAGUGAGUGAGUGGUUUAAGAAGGCAUCCAAAAACUUCAAGGAAGCCAAUGAUCAGGUGAUAAUUCUAAAAGGCGACCAUCCGGAAGGCCUAGAGGCUUUCUUCGAGUACGCGUACAAAGAGGAGUAUCUCGAAACAGUCGACAUUCCGGAUGAGUUGACGGAGCUACGACAGCGGUUCAUGCAUCGUCUGCGUGUUUUCGCAGUAGCCGAUAAGUAUCAAGUGGAAGGUCUAACAGCUCUAGCCUAUCGCCAACUCAAGCAGCUCGUGGAUCUCUUUACUGAGCCAAGACGGACCUACGGUGACGAAGAUGAAACGACAGCAUCUGAGUUCUUCAGAUUCAUGUUAAGGCAAGUGUAUCAUGAAAGCGAGCGUUAUUUUCCCGCUCUGCGGGACGACCUACACCAAAGCGAUCAGACCGCGGAAGGCACUUCACAGACAGGCCCGUCUGAGACUGAGCAAACUAACUCCAUAUCUACUGAGAACGCUCCCGUAAGCGCUACAUCUCAGCGGAACAACUCCGCGCGGCGGACAACAUUCAAUCCACCGAACCCACAUUCAACCGAAGGUAGAAGUUCAACCCACCCUCUCGAUCGCGUCCAGGAUCUUCUUGUGGAAGGGGCCAUGAAUGCCUGGGUCAACGCGCAUCCGGACUUCAAUCGUGAACAUCUUGUGCCUCUUGCGCAAAUGUUCCCGGAUUUCGGCACGGAUCUCGUUGUUGCAGCGCUGAAGUCGUCGCGCAUAGAAGGCAUGCCCGAGUAUCUUUAUGAAGACGAGGAUUACGCUUAUGACAGUGAUAAUGACUGGCUGAGGGCCCACCACGUCUUGUGA